GGGCGGAAGUGACGCGCGCGGUGCCCUUGACGGGCGGGCAGGGCCGGGCCGGGCCGCAGGGGGCGGAGGCGGAGGCGGAGGCGGCUGCAGAGGAGAGGGUCGGGUGGCCCGGGUGCCUCUGCUCCUCGGUCUCGUGGCCGCGCUCGCGCCGCAGGGAGAUGGCUCAGCGUAUGGUCCUCAGGAGAUUGUUGGCACCCAUCUUCUCUAGAAAGCUCCCUCAGUGUCGCCCGGUGCCUCUCGUUCCUGAGGUUCUGGCCCAGGGCAGCUCCAGCAGACCCACCGCUGCUACACCCCGUUUGGCCCGGACGUUCUCCACUACCAAGAUCUCCAAUGUUACGUUUAACGUCCAGGAUGGGCCUGACUUUCAGGACAGAGUUGUCAACAGUGAGACUCCGGUAGUUGUGGAUUUCCAUGCGCAGUGGUGUGGCCCCUGCAAGAUCUUGGGGCCCCGGUUAGAGAAAAUGGUGGCAAAGCAGGAGGGGAAGGUGCUGAUGGCCAAGGUGGACAUUGACGACAAUACAGACCUCGCCAUCGAGUAUGAGGUUUCUGCUGUGCCAACUGUGCUGGCCAUCAAGAAUGGGGACGUGGUGGACAAAUUUGUGGGCAUCAAAGACGAAGACCAGCUGGAGGCUUUCCUCAAGAAGCUGAUUGGCUGCUGAGCUAGGCCCACUUUUGUUUUUCCCAGGGCCCCCCUAAGGACUCUCAUCCUUUCCAGCCCCCACCUGUCUGGCCCCCAUUGGCCCUUCCUGUGUCCUGGGACAGGGCUCUUCAUCUCCCAGUUGUCUGACUGCAGAAGACUCAUCCUUAGGGGAGGGGCGCUACUGCUCACCUGGGGAGGGAAGCCUGAGGCUGGGGGCUUGGAGGGCUUCUCGCCCUCCCAUGCUUGAUCCUCCCCCUUCCCACCACCAAGCCCAACCCCUACCAUUACCACCCCCAGCCCCAACCUCAUCUAGGCCCCAGUCGUAGCUGUCUCCAGAGAAGUUUGGAGAGGGGCCUGUUGCAGCAAGAUUACUUUAUAGUGGGGUCACCCUGUCUUGACUGUGAAGUUUUUAUUCUUGUCCUUUGAUAUCUGUGCUUUAUCACAGGCUCCAUGACCCUGUGCCUGACCUACUGGCCACAUUUUCUCCUCUGAUGCUGUUUUGUAAAAGAAAAGAGAGCAAAUUAUCUAUGUGUGCAUAUAUACAAUUCUCUCAUUUUUUGUAGGUCUGUAAUAAUAAAGAGAGCUUUACUGAUCACUUCUACCUCCCGCUGUGAAGAACAGACCCCCAAUGUACACCCUGCAGUUCCUCAGUAGCCACCACCAUCUAUCAAAAUCUUCCCUCGCUCCCCUUUCCUUUCCAGCCACAAAGGGGUGAGGGCAGGCACUGGCCCUGGGAUGGACCUGAGGAGCUUCCUAAAGCCCCAUCUUACCUUAGCAUCAGAGUCCUCUGGUUUUAUGAGCGGGAGGUAGAAUCACCUGUCCUGUGUGAGAGAGCCACUUGAACCCUCUCGGGGUGGCCUCUGGUGUUCCUUGUCCGGUUGGUUCCCUACCAUGUUUACAAAAACAAGCAUCUUCCCGCUCCCCAGUCCCAGCCCUUUCAUUAAAGUGAGACAAGCCCACCGACA